GCAGGGUUUUGGGCUGUAACGGCCUCGUCGCUCGGAAGCGCCCUGUCACGACCGACCUUGUUCCUGGGCUCGCAUGCCGGCCAUUUCUUCGUGUUGUGAUUCGCCUUUCGCAGGCUCCCUCCCACCAUCGUCUUUCGUUCAACCAACGAGAUCGUUCCAUUACCAAAAUAAAAUAAAUCAGACUUCGCCCUCCUUCUAGAAUCUCGUUGUCAUUCUUAUCCACCGCCCUCCGGCCCAUUUCCUUGAAUUUCAACUCUCUGUUUCCUGCAAAGCCUUUAUCACCCCUGUUCGAGCGGAGAGACACAAGAGUCAUAGAUUUUUGUGCUCAGGUCGGCCAUCGGACUGUGGGGAAGCUUAUCUAAGGAGCCGCGUAAGGCUGAAAAGACGGUCAGCGCUUCAUUUCCACACAUUGACAUCCAUUUCGCUCUUCCACCAUGGAGAAUGCCACGGCGACGACGGUACGUCGAAAAGACACCACGAAGGGCCCGCCGCUGCGGAUACUGUGCCUCGAUGGCGGCGGGGUGCGUGGAUAUUCGAUGCUAAUCAUCCUCCAAGAGUUGAUGUACCGAGCAUACGUAGAGUCGGAGGGAACCGCACCGCGACGUGACCAAAUACCUAAACCAUGCGACCACUUCGAUCUCAUCGCUGGAGCCGGAACCGGCGGGCUCAUCGCUUUGAUGCUGGGCCGUCUGCGGCUUGACAUAGAAACAUGCAAGAAUAUCUAUCCUCGCCUGACGAAAUAUGUCUUUGAGACGGACAAGACAAUUGCCGGCAUUCCGUAUCGAUCAACAUUGUUCAAGGCAUCAAGACUGGAACAAGCAAUCCGUCAGUGCGUUCGGGAAUACACAGUCUCUGAAUCAGAAGGAAAUGAUGGAAGCUCGCCGUCACUUUCAGGAAGCAAUUACAUGGAUACCGCUUUGUCGUGCCCGUCGUCCACCAGCGUCGCAUCCGCCCUCCCACCAAAACGCCUGAGCCGAUCCAGCGCACAUCUAUCUCGCACUCUGAGUACCAGUAGUGGGCAGCUGUCGCCUUCGCCUCCGCUCUUGUCGCCGACCAUGACGAGUCGAUCGCCUUAUUCCACCAUGAAUGAGUCAUCAAGAUGGGGAAAUCCUGACGCUUUAUUAUAUGACAAUAGAGAAAAUCGGACGAAAACAGCUAUAACAGCGUAUUUCAAAGGAACACCCAGAAAUGGACCCGCGACACUUCUACGUUCGUACGAUUCGAGAAAGGAGCCUCCUCCCGACUUCAACUGUACGAUAUGGCAAGCAGGGCGUGCGACGGGCGCAAUGCUUCAUCACUUCAAACCUAUUCAGAUAGGACAGCAGGUCUUCCUUGAUGAAGGAGGCGGAAAAUUCAACCCAUCCCCGCAAAUACUCGACGAAGCAACUGUCAAUGAAUGGCCGGGACGAGACGUCGGCAUUUUUGUGAGCGUUGGUACGGGCAAACGGCCUUCCGGGACAAGUAAUAGGACGCAUGAGUGGUGGGAAGAUGUCUUCGUAGAGUUUGCAGAAGCGCGGCGAAACCUGAUUUCCAAAAUUGAAGGAUGUGAGACGAUUCACCAAUACAUGCUAAAAGAGCAUCUCGCGAAAAGAAAUGUACCGAAAGAAAACUACUGCCGUCUAAAUGUCGAGAUCGGUGUUGGAGAAUACGGAAUGAAUGAGUGGAAUCGCCUGGCAGAAAUCAGCACCAAUACCCGAAUAUACCUGGCGAAGAACGACGUUCAGAGAAUGACCCAUGAUGCAGCGGUCAAAUUAGCCAGAAUACAUCGAACACACCGUCGCAUUGAGGCCCAUGCAGCUGCAAUCGCCGCAGCAGAAGCCCGCGAAACUACCUUGAUGAUGCGUCCUUUACCUCCUCCUCCACCACCGCCCCAGCGACCGAUUCCUCCAAUUCCAUCCCAUCCUCCGCAAAUUUCCCCGAAUCAGUCACCCACAACGUUGCGUCGGCCUUCUCACCCUUCUCAUACACAGCCGGUCUACGAACUCCCGGCGAUAGAACUGCCAGCGGAUCCAGCUCCCAUUUCACAGUUCACAGCACCUCCGAGCCAGGCCAAAAAUCCCUCGCGCCUCUCCCACAUUAGCGUCUCACCACCAGGCAGUAGACAUAGCAUGGAUCAAUCUCACACAAGCUCUCCACGUGUAAGCAGCGAUACUUUUAUUUCCGACGCUGCUCCACCACGCCCGCCGAAGACGCCAAUGCCACAAGCAGCAAGGCCAGUAAAUACCGUCAAUAAUACCGCACCUAAUAACGAUAUAUCGGAGAACGUGAUUAUCUCUAUGCCUUCACCAACACAAGGCGCAAGCAGACCAAUCGGUACGACGGCUCCUAACUCGAAUAAAUGGAAGCCACCGUACCCGGACGAUGGGCCGCCUCCGCCGGUGAAUAAGUUUCGCAAGCCAACGUCUAAUUCACGAGGUUAAUGACUUUCUACGGUUUUAUAGUUUCACUUCUUUUUGGUUUUCUACCUACGCAGUACUCAGGGUUGUUUAAUGUCAUGAAGGCACAAAGUGUUUAUGCUGUAAAUACCGAAUUAGCACCUUUCAAUGGCUCCUUUCCUUCUGAUUUCAGGUGGAAUAUUAUGAAUUUUUGUUUUACGGCAUCAAUAGCAUGGGAUGUUUUGGCUUUAUUCCCUUUUUCAUUCUUUUUGUUUUUUUUUUUUUUUUUCAUUCUUUUUUACGGGGGAGGCCAUAAUGCUUUCGAAAAGAUGAGCAUGCUGUGCGCUCUGGGAUAUUAUGGAGUUAUGUUGCAUAAUGCUAAUCCCGUCUGUUCAAAUUUCAGAACUCCCUAAUGAAGCUCAAAUUGUACAGAUCUAUG